AUCUUCUUCCUCCUUUUCUUCUUCUUCUUUCGCAUUCGACAGUGUGUAUUUUGGGGGUGAAAUUGUGAGCAAAGAGCGAGAAAAUGAGCGGAGCCGGUAAGAAAAUCGCGGAUGUGGCUUUCAAAGCUUCACGGACGAUCGAUUGGGAUGGUAUGGCUAAGGUCCUUGUCACCGAUGAGGCUCGUAGAGAGUUCUCUAACCUCCGUCGUGCUUUCGAUGAGGUUAACACGCAGCUCCAGACCAAGUUCAGUCAGGAACCUGAACCCAUAGAUUGGGAUUUCUACAGAAAGGGUAUUGGGGCAGGCAUUGUGGACAUGUACAAGGAAGCUUAUGACAGCGUUGAGAUUCCCAAGUUCGUUGAUACUGUCACUCCUGAAUACAAGCCAAAGUUUGAUGCUUUGUUGGUGGAACUGAAAGAAGCAGAACAAAAAUCGCUGAAGGAGUCUGAACGAUUGGAGAAAGAAAUUGCUGAUGUCCAAGAGAUUAGCAAAAAGCUCAGCACCAUGACUGCAGACGAGUACUUUGAGAAGCACCCAGAACUCAAAAAGAAGUUUGAUGACGAAAUCCGUAAUGACUACUGGGGAUACUGAUCAUGUUUCUUCUGUAUCUCCGGCCUGGAAAAAACCACUCUCUUUUCUUUCUCUCUCUUCUCUUACUGUGAUUUUGUGAGCCAAUCAUAACAAUAAUAAGGACACCACCAUUCACUUAAGCAGUGUUGAGAUCUUUCAUUGGAGAUCCAGUGAUGAUAAACCGAUUUGGUUUUUAGUUAUCAAUUUCAUAUAUUGUUUUGUUUUCAUUCUACAGUAAAUAAUAAGAGUGAAAAGAUGUCCUCAGUUUUAUC